AUGGCCUACUUGCCCUCAGACGUAGCAAUGGCCUCUCCCUCCUCUUCUUCCUCCGGCUCAUCGUCCCUCUUCUCAUCGCCGUCAUCCUCUUCCUCCUCCAGAACAUCGGCGAGCUCGCCGGCUAUCCACCCCAGCUCUCUCGUCGACGCCGCCCAGCACUCGCCGCACACUCUAAGGCUUGUCGGCAUCCCAAUCACCCAACGCCUAAUUGACUAUGUAGUGGACCAGGUCAUCGAGACGGUCGACCAUGCCAUGAACCGGCCAUCAACCCUUCUCCCCGCUUCCUCCUCUUCAAAAUCAACCUCUGCCUCCAGGCCCAGGACACCCACCCAGCAAAAGUUCUCCACCUUCACCACAACCGUCCUCACCCGCGCAGAAAUCACAACACCCACCCUCCUCCUCGCCCUCAUCUACAUCCACCGUGCCCGCCCGUAUCUCCAUAUUGCUCUCGAAGAGUGGGCAUUGGAGCGAGUCUUCCUCGGUGCCUUGAUCGUCGCAAGCAAGUACGCCAACGACAGCACCCUCAAGAACGUCCACUGGGCCCUCUGCACAGGCGUAUUUGGCAAGCGAGAUGUCGGCCGCAUCGAACGCGAGUUCCUUGCCGUCCUCGAGUGGGAUCUCGGCGUCACCGAGAGCGAGGUGCUCGGUCUCUGGGAGGGUCUUGAAUGGGCAGUAGAGGAGAAGGAGCGGGAGGAGCGAGAGAAGCGGGCCAAGUUGGAGAGGGAGAAGAUGAGGCAGCUCGAACUCCUCGAACGCCAACGCGAGCAGCAGCAGCGCCAGCAACAAAAAUCGGCCUCCAAGUUCUUCCUCGGCGAGCGAUCUUCAAGGCAGCCCUCGCCGCCUCCUCUGCCAGUGAAACCCCGCAACCACAGGCGUUCACAUCUCGCCGUCGAUGCCCUCGCUCUUCCUUCAUCCAGGACACACGGCCACUCGCCCUCAUCGUCCUCGAUGAGCUCAUCCUCGUCUUCAUCAUCAGACUCGCCAUCACCGACGACGCCUGAAGACUUCCAGACGCAGUACAUCGUCAUCCAAGACGGCGAGGCCGACCACUCGAGUCCCCGAGGCGUCCCAGUGGUCACACCGCCAAAGAAGCGUGGGUUCACGGCAACGACCAUGGAACUUUUGAAGAGCUUCCCUUUUCCCGGCCACCACCACCACUCCCACCAGCAGCUCCCGACGGCGAAGCGACACGACCGGGAGUUUUCCCAGCCGCAUCCCUAUGCCUACACCCUACCCGACUACCCCCAGCACAUCAAGCACGGCCGCUACGCGACUGAAGGCUCCCAUCGGUCUGUGAAGCGCCUCCCUCUGCGCGUUGUGUCGUCAUAA